GCCAUAGAAUCCGCCGUGUGUGACUGCUGGAAUAUUUCUGUGAUUAAGAGAGAAUGCUUAGAAGAAGAAGGUAUCCGUAGGCUUGGUGAGACAGAAGGUAAAUGUGCAGAUUCAGCCAGAGGAGGACACGGGACGGUCCAGAUUCUGCGUCUCUGCGAGACGAUGUCAGGGUUCAGUAGGACUCACACUGCUCUGUGGACGCCGUUGGGGACAAAACGGAGACUUUGAGACAUUCAAGCGGUUUUGGGGCCUGCUUAUUGCAGAGACCAACAGGGAGCCCCAAUAUUGGAGGCGGUCUCCAGAUGACGCUACAGGUAUCGGCAACAUGUGCAAUUCCACGGGCAUGCCGUAUGAAGAAAGUCGGCAACUCCUGGUGGUUGUGUACAGUGUGGUCUUUGCGGUGGGCCUCCCAGCCAACUGUGUAACUGCGAUCGUGACCUUCAUACAGAUUGGCAGAAAAAAUAUCACUGCCAUCUACCUGUUUGGCCUGUCGUUGUGCGAGCUAAUGUACCUAAGCACCCUUCCCCUUUGGAUCAUCUACGUGCAGAAUGGCCACCACUGGACUAUGGGGCCAACGUCAUGCCUCGUGACUGGCUACAUCUUCUUUUGCAACAUCUACAUCAGCAUCCUUCUCCUGUGCUGCAUUUCCAUUGAUCGCUACAUAGCCGUGGUGUAUGCGCUGGAAACCAGAGGGAAGAGGUGGCGCUGCCAGACGACGGCCACGGUGGUAACAGCGUUUCUCUUCAGCAUGGUUGCGGUAAUCUACUCCCCGGUGUUUUUCAUGACACACAUCCAGAGCCCGAACAGCACAACUUGCUUUGAAGAACCCUUCAAUUCCCCUGUGGCUUAUUACAACAUCGCCCGAUUCUUUGUGGGUUUCAUCAUCCCUUUCUUGCUCCUGAUUUGCAUGAACUACAAAAUCUUUCAAAGCAUUAAGACCAGCUACAGUCUAAGCUCAUCCCAGAAAGCAAAAGUGAAGCAUCUGGCGGUGGCGGUCAUCUCCAUCUUCGUGAUCUGCUUUGCCCCCUACCAUUCUGUUGUGCUGGUAAAAGCCAUCACCUUUCUCUUGUUUCCAAAGCAGGCGUGCAGUUUGGAGAAAGACAUCUACACCACCUCGGUAGUAUUCCUGUGCUUUUCCACAGCCAACGCCGUGGCUGACCCGUUUAUCUAUGUGCUGGUGAGUGAAAACGCCCAACGGGAAAUCUGUCGGACCUUCCAGGCAUGCAGGAUUCAGUUCCCGACUUCUUCCAAAACAGAGAGUACCCAGGUCAUUGACUCUCCUUCCCAAAGGCUGCCGCUAGAGGCACAGAGCUUAGGAAAUGAGGAGGACAGGUAGCAAAUCCCUUCUCGGCAGGAACUCUAUGCUGGUAAAAAGCAGUAGAAGAAGAACAUCAUUUCUUUUGCCUUAUGGCCUAGAUGCCUUAAUGAAAACCCAUUGAGGGAACGUUCGUGUGAUGUCACAUGGCACUGCACACAAACAAUAGUCCUUUCAAUACAUCUUGGCAAUUACAAUUUAUAAAGGAAUGAUGUAACAAUAUUGUAAUUUGCAGCUGGAUCUGUGUAUUGUGCAGGAUACAGUAAUGCACCAGGAAAGGAAUAUAAAUUCCUCCUGGCAGAGCUGCUAUGAUAUCUCAUGCAUGGUGGAUUAUGAAACUGUCAUCCUCUGUCUUACGAGGCGGAGGACUGGCUGUCGGCCUUUCUGAAGACUGCUAAAGGCAAAGAGGAACUUUGUUCUUUCUCGGGUAUUUUGUGUAUGUCACGUUAAAUUUCGUUCAGAUGCUCUUGCUGUCUUGAAUAAAUGACCCAUCACAAGGGUUCGGCCCCCCCUU